AUGCAAGUGCACAAUGUGGAGGAGAUUCUUGCAAAUCUAUCGAGCACUUGCGAUCUACUGGAGGGAAAGGUCCUCCACUUUCAGAUCGAGAGAAGCCCGCAUUGCCAUGACAGAUUGGUGGCCAACUUUCUUGUCCAAAUGUACGGCAGAUGCGGUAGCCUCGAAGACGCUCGGAAAGUUUUUGACACCCUUAGCAAUCCCAACGUUUUCUCCUGGACAAUGCUCAUCAAAGCAUAUGCCCAAAACGGGCAUCUUGAAGGUGCACGAAGCAUAUUUGAUGCGAUGCCUAUCCGAGAUCUUGUCGCAUGGAACACCAUGAUAAAACUUUAUACAGACAAUUUUCGUUUGGAUUCGGCUAGAACAAUGUUCAACCUUAUGCCGCAAAGGGACGUUGUCUCCUGGAACUCCAUGAUCAAAGCAAAUGCCCAAUCCGGACAUGUGGAUAAGGCUAAAGAUGUAUUUGAUUCCAUGCCGGAACACAAUUUGAUCUCGUGGAACUCGGUUCUCGCCACACUUGCUCAAGCUGGAAGAGAAGAAGCAGCGCAGGAUGUGUUUGAUCAAAUGCAACUUCACGACCUAGUCUCGUGGACUGCGCUGCUCGUCGCAUAUACCCAAGCGGGGAAUCUCCUUGUCGCAAAGUCAACGUUUGAUAAAACGCCAGAACAAAACACAGUCUCGUGGACUGCCAUGAUUCAAGCCUAUGCCCAACAUCAGAAGCUUGAGGAGGCAAGAUCGAUGUUUGACGGAAUGUUGGAAGACAAGGUGGUGUCGGGGAAUGCAAUGAUUGCCGCAUAUGCUUUGGAGGGUCAACUGGAACAAGCAAAGCUCGUCUUCUGCGAUCUCAUGCCGGAUCACAGCCUCGUUUCCUGGAACGCAAUGGUGACGGCCUACACUCACAAUGGAUUCUUCGCGAUGGCCAAAGUGGUGUUUGAAUCCAUGCCUCACAAGAACACAGUGUCGUGGAACUGUCUGCUAGCGGGGAUGAACCACCACGGAGCAUUUCGAAACCAAGCAAGCAAGUUCUUCCACCGGAUGCCAAGCAGGGACUCCGUUUCGUGGACGAGCAUGGUCGGAGACUUCGCCCAAUUCGGGGAGUGCGAGCGAGCAAUGGAGAUGCUGCAAGCAAUGGCUAUGGAGGGUGUGCGAUGGAGCUUCUGCGGCCAGCCCCUGACGAGCGCGCUCGUCGCUUGCAGCAACACUGGGAUGAUCGGCGAGGCGAGAGUGCUGCUGCUAGCGGGGAGCUCAGAUCACGGGCUUGAUCCGUGGAGAGACCACUACUUUUAUAUCAUCGACGUGCUGGGGCGAGCGGGGCUCAUCACCUCCGCCCGAGAUCUCGUCGCAAGCAUGCAAGUCGCGGCAGAUGAUCCAGUCUGGGAGGCGCUGCUCAAUGCGUGUAAUUCUAGAUGUUAA